GGCAGCAUGUCAGCUCCCGGCGCCGCCUCCCGCAGGUGACACCCGCCCUUCCGCUGCCGCCGCUUCCCUUCCUAUAUGGGCCACCUGCUCUCGAAGGAGGCAAGGAGCCUAAGCCGGGAUCGCCGCCGCCCGCGGGGGAAGGUGCCGCCGCCGCGCAGCCGGAGCUGCUUCCUGCGCGGGCCCUGCAUGCUCUGCUUCAUCGUGCACGGCGCCAGCCCGCCCGCCCCGGAGCAGCCACUGCCUGCCGGGGACCCGCUGCUGCCGCCGCCGCCGCCCUACGUGUCGCUGACCGCCGCGGAGCAGCGCGUCGCCCGCCGCCUCCUGCGCCUGGCGCCCGCCGCCUGGGAACCUCCGGGCCGCUGCCAGCGCCUCUUCCUCUCCGGCCUGCUGCCGUCGCCGGUGCGGGGCCUCCUGGGGCCACCCGGCGAGGUCUCCUCCGAGAUGGUGUGCAAGCGCAAGGGGGCCGGACUGCCCGCCUGCCCGCCCUGCAAGCAGCCGCGCUGUACCGCCGCCGAGCCCGAGCCCGGCGCCUGCCAGUGCCCGGCGGAGCCGCAGCUGCUCGCCCUGCCCGGCGCCACGGGGGAGAGCGGAGGGGCCACAGCCGGGCAGAGCGGGGGGGGACAGCCCGCCUCGCCGUCGCCUCCCACGGCCCAGGACGAGAAGGAGCAGGGCCGGGAGGGGGAGAAGGAGCGGGGCGGCGAGGCGGGCUGCGAGGAGCCGCUGGAGUACCCCGGCGACAGUUGCCGGGAGCUGCCGCCGCCGCCCACCCCAGACAUCAACCAGCUGCCGCCUUCCAUCCUCCUCAAGAUAUUUUCCAACUUAUCUCUGAAUGAGCGUUGCCUUUCAGUGUCAUUAGUCUGUAAAUAUUGGCGUGACCUCUGUUUAGAUUUUCAGUUUUGGAAGCAACUGGAUCUCAGUAGUCGUCAGCAGGUCACUGAUGAGCUGUUGGAAAAAAUAGCAUCAAGAAGCCAGUAUAUUACUGAAAUCAAUAUUUCUGAUUGUCGCAAUGUGUCUGAUACAGGAGUAUGCAUUUUAGCAAUUAAAUGUCCUGGGCUCUUAAGAUAUACUGCCUAUAGGUGUAAACAGCUUUCUGACACCUCUAUUAUUGCAGUUGCCUCUCAGUGUCCUCUUCUUCAGAAAGUGCAUGUGGGCAAUCAAGACAGACUCACUGAUGAAGGCCUGAAGCAGCUCGGUUCAAAAUGCAGGGAAUUGAAAGACAUACAUUUUGGGCAAUGUUACAAGAUCUCAGAUGAAGGAAUGAUCAUUAUAGCUAAAGGCUGUUUGAAGCUGCAAAGAAUAUAUAUGCAAGAAAACAAAUUAGUGACAGAUCAGUCAGUGAAAGCUUUUGCUGAACAUUGCCCUGAGCUGCAGUAUGUUGGUUUCAUGGGCUGCUCUGUUACUUCAAAAGGAGUCAUUCACCUUACCAAUCUAAGAAAUCUUUCAAGCUUGGACCUACGUCAUAUCACAGAACUGGACAAUGAAACCGUGAUGGAAAUAGUAAAGAGAUGCAAAAACCUUAAUUCUCUCAAUCUGUGUCUGAACUGGAUCAUUAAUGACAGAUGUGUGGAGGUGAUUGCCAGAGAGGGACGGAACCUGAAAGAACUGUAUUUAGUAUCCUGUAAGAUCACAGACUAUGCUCUGAUAGCCAUUGGGAGGUACAGCAUGACCAUAGAGACGGUGGAUGUUGGAUGGUGCAAAGAGAUCACAGACCGUGGAGCCACCCAGAUCGCUCAGCGCAGCAAAUCCCUCCGAUACUUGGGACUGAUGAGAUGUGAUCAGGUGAACGAGGCCACAGUGGAGCAGCUGGUGCAGCAAUAUCCACAUAUAACCUUCAGUACUGUGCUGCAGGAUUGCAAGAGAACACUGGAGCGGGCUUAUCAAAUGGGCUGGACACCCAAUAUGUCUUCUGGCUCCUAACUUUCUGUACCAACAUGUUCCACUCUGCUGCAUUCAGUAGAUCUAAUGGGGAUUGCAGAAGGGUUUAUAACCUUUCAUAUGAUGCAAUAUAGUUGUGAGUUUACAGAGGUUACAGUAAAAUGGCAAAAGCUGUACACUGACUUUAACGUACUGUACAACUAAGUACAAAUAUUGAAGCAAAACUUUAGAAAUGCAUUGUGGUUUUGUUUGCAUAAAAGUUAUAAAAGCCUUUGGCAAAUUUCUUGAAGUGAAUUCCUACUAGUUCUCGGGAUAGUUUGAGUUAUAGAUGUUAAGCUUGUUUUCCUCUGUUUACUUUGCGUUGGUCCUGUGUGUUUCCUUUGAUCUGUAAAUGGUAACUCAGUGCUAGCACCAGUGCAGUUGAUCAACAGAGGCCUGUGUUGAAACUGGGCACUAAGCUUGAUGCUUUUGAUUUACUAAAGCUAUACAAGAGGUUUUAAGACGCAGAGUAAUAAGAAAAUCUACAGUGAAUUACCAUUUUCUUAUCAACUCCUUCCCUUUUUUUUUUCUUUAAAUAUAAGAAACUGUAGUGAUUUAAAAUCUUUCCACCUUGACAUUUUAAUAAUGAGUAACAGUGCUUACCCUAACAAUAAUAACCAGCUACACUUCAUGAAGACAAAGAAUAACUGAACACACCAACUAUCAGAAAUAAGUUGUCAAUGCAUAUUAUAUUUGCCUGAAAAAAUUUACUGUCUAUUGUAAAUGAACUUGUCUCCUCUACCUAUACUGUUCUUUUGAUAAAUUGGAAAUUUCAGAUGAAUGGGUAUAAGUCAAUAACAGGAUCCCUCUCUGUGUGGUUUUAUUUUAGAAUGGAUCUUCCAAUGCAAAUAGUGCUUACCUUGAGAAGGCCACCUAAACAUGAGUCCCAUAGUGGGUAUCAUUUUGUAGGAUCAGAUGCUUAUUAAUACAGUAUGUACAAGAAAAUAUCCAAAUUAAACACGUAAAAUGAUUAAUUUUCUUUGUGGGACUAUUAUGAUUUAACUCCAAACAGCAAUCAAGUACCACACAGCCUCUCUCUCACUCUCUCUCACACAUUGCAUUCUAAGGAGUUAAAUUUGAGCAGGGAAUUGUGAAAAAUACAGACAUAGCAGCUUCAAUUUGGAGUUGCCUUAACCUUUAGAGUAUUACCAUUUAGUUAAGAAUGUUGUCAGGUGUGUAACACUGGAUAUUUGUUUUUCAAAGGUUACAGCAUUUUAAUCCAAACUAUGAAAUGCUUAAGCUUCAGCUGAAAAGUUGCCAUUAUUGUCAAAAUGUUUUGCUAAUCCAGAAGGCCUAAUGCAGCAUAAUGUAGAAGCUUGUUUAGUAUGGCUGUAUAACCCUGUAAAGCUAUUUGUUGAUUUCCAUAGCAUAAUUUUUUUACAACAGAAACAUCAGCUCACGCUACUUCCAGUGAGGAUGUUGAAUGUUUUCUUAUUAGACUUUUCAAAAUGGGGAUGAACUAAUUUCUCUGGAAAAAAAAUAUAUCGUAAAGAUUUUGUUUAAAAUAAGUGGUAAAUACCUGUGAACAUGUGUAAUGCUAUGCUGUUUAUUUACUCCUAAAUGGCAACAAUAUUUUAAGAAUAAAGCCAGUGAAUUAUAUUGCAGAUAUAGUACAGAAUCUUAGUCAAUUUUCUUUUAAUGUCUCUUUAUGAGUGCAUUAAAACUAUUCACACAAUUUGUAAGUUUCUAUUUUUUUGUGAGACCUUUGAUCUUACAAUAAAUUUUAAUAAAAUAAGAAAGAUGUGAUGUUUUCUGUUUAUCUGUGCUGCUAACUGUACUUAGACUGUACUAACAGAGAGUCUGAAAUCUCCAUCGUUGAAUAGAUAGAACUCAACUGGAGAUGAUCCUUAGUAAAUUGGCCCUGCUGUGACUGACAGAGUUUAACUAGAUGACAUCCAUAGAUUUUUUUUUUUCCAUCUAAAAUGUAUUGUAACUUUGGAGAUUUUUAAAAUAUUAUGGGUCUGGUUGGUCAUCUCUAUUUACUUCAGUCAUAUAAGUCUAUUCCAGUAGUUUCGCCUUUUACUGACUCUUCAUCUCUCAGUUUUAUGAACAUACUGAUCAAUAGAUCUCACCGUGACUAAUUAAUUUUGGUUUUAUAUGGUAUAAGAACCCUGGAUUGAAAUAUGUUUUUCUAAUUGCAGUGUUGACACAGAUAGUUCCUUAAUUUCCUUAUAUUAAUAUUUUCCAAAGUAGUUUUAGAGGAAUAAAUAAUACUGCACACUCAUCUUUGACAUGUCAUGCAGGGAAAAUAUCACUAUGGUGGAAGAAAAGCUACUGCCUCUUGUAAAAAUAAAAAAUUUCUCAUACGCAAAACAUAGAGUGAACUUAAAAACUCAUAGGCAGCUUCUGGAUUCCCUAGGUCCAAAAGGCCUACUUUACUAGAAAAAAAAGUCCUUUUUUCCUCCAAAUUCUUUGUGGGAACCUGCUGUUAGAUAGGGUAACCUGUUGCUCAGCACUUGUCUUACCAGAACCAUUUCUAGGAUGGGCUUGUUCAGCCUGCAGGAAGGGCUAAGACAAACUCUUAAGUGUUUUCUGAAUUAAGAGGUAGGUGGUUGUAGGAGAAAGACAGAUAAUGUCUAUUUUAAUUCGUUUGCUCUUUAAAUCCAGGUGUAAUUAAGGCUUAAAGCAAACUCAGUUCACCUGGUGGUCAUUCCAGCCAUCUCUCACCACCUAAAGGCUAUGUGGAGGGGAGUGUUCGCAUGCAAUUUGUCUCACCAGGGGGAAUGGCUACUGUGAUGUUUCUCAUGCAGGUUCAAAGUCACUUUGCCCAGGCUCCCAGAUUAGUGGGAAAUGUAGUGAAAUACCAAAUCCAAGAUGGAAUACCUCCCUUCUUAGCAGGUGCUCUGUGCAGUACUAGGCAUAUUGUAGUAGUUUUUGAGCAGGAAUAAAGUGUAUUUCUCUUAAAAAUACCAAAACUGUGUAGUUGAGCCAGUUAUGCCCCAUCAGAUGAGAUGAGUCUGUUCAGGCUUACAUAUGAAUAUCCUGAUACCCCAGGUGGGAAUUUUACACCUGAGUCGGUUGUACAAGGGAGGACAUGGGCAUGGUAAAAAGUUUAUCCCACUUCACUUGAUCUGCUUCUUAUCAGCCUUCUCUGUUACAUGGCUCAAAACCCAGCUUGCUGCCAAAGAAAGAUUGCUUUGUUGUGGCCUUCCUUCACUGGUGAUCAUCCUCCACUCGCUCACCUGCUCUGUGCCUUGGCUGUUCUUAGGCAGAUCAGAGAUUUUGCCACCACACACCCAAAAGCUCACCUCCCCGCUUUGGCUGAGGGUGCAAAUCUGCCCCCAGCAAAUCACAUGCUGCUUUUGCCAGUGGCUAAUUCAGUCAUUAACCUUUAACAUUUCAGUCUCUCACACUCCCCAGCAAAGGAUAGACAUGGACCUGUUGGAGCAAAUCCAGAGGAGGCCACCAGGAUGAUGAGAGGGAUGGAGCACUUCUGCUUUGAGGAAAGGCUGAGAGAAUUGGGAUGGCUCAACCAGAAGAAUAGAAAGCUUCAGGAUGAGGUAGCUCUGGCCUUCCAGGACCUGAAGGGAGCCCACAGAAAAGAUGGGGAAGAAUUUCUACAAGAUCAUGUAGUGACAGGUCAAGGGAAAUAGUUUCCAACUGAAGGAGAGUAGGUUUAGAUUAGUUACAAGGAAGAAAUUCUUUACUGUGAGGGUGGUGAAGCACUAGAACAGGUUGGCCAGAGCAGCUGUGGAUGCCAUAUCAAGGGGGUAUCGAGGUCGAGAUGGAGUUCUGAGCAAUUUGGUCUCUGCCAGUGUCAGAGGGAUUGGAACCAAGCAAUCUUUAAGGCCUGGUCUAACCCAAGAUAUUGUUUGGUUCUACGAAAACAAGUUUUAAUCCCUUUUAAAUGAGAAAAUAGCCCUGGUAAGAAUAAUUAACAAACAGUUAAUUUUUUUCAGGCUCUCAGUUGGGCUCCUCAUGAGCUCAAUGAUGUCCACCCACAUUAUCAAGAUAAAUACAGCCUUGGUGAUUCUUCCUAAACUGUGGUGUUGACAUGAGCAAAAUCAAGAGAAGCAGCAGGUCCCAUACACUUCGGUUUUAUGAAAACAGAAGCCCAAAGCGAGCUUUCUUCAGGUCAUGAGAUCUUGAACAAGGAAAGGAAAAGGACUGUUACAUCUAAUGAAUAAUUAGGAUAGGAUAGGAUAGGAUAGGAUAGGAUAGGAUAGGAUAGGAUAGGAUAGGAGAGGAUACAAUAUUUCGGUUGGGAGGCACCUGUAGUGACCAACUAGUCGAACUAUCUGACAGCGCUGAGCAACAAAGGGCAUCAUCCAAAAGCCUCUUGAACACUCACAGGCUUGGGGCAUUGAUCAUUUGCCCAGGAAGCUUGUUUCUGCGCAUGACCAUCCUCUUGAUAAAGAAAUGGUUAUUAACAAAAUAAUGCUUUGCAAAACAAUAGUGGUAAGAGCAUGCAUGAAAAGAAUAUGAUGAUACUUGACCUUGUAAACAUUCAGAUUUGUAUUUUAAAGCACGUGAGGGUUUAUGCUGCUUAUUUAUGAAACCCCAUAUUAGCAGAGAGUCACUUUAAAGUAGAUCCAUUUAAAGAGUCCAUUAUAAUAAAAUAUUUAAAACAAUGUUAA